GUCUCUGGUGAAAGCCAAUUUUGUAGCGGAGCCAUCGUUUUGCAUCCAGCUCUUCCUUCUGGAACUACAGCACAGGUUUACAGCUUAUUAUAGGGACUGCUUCCGAAUGAUCGAUCCGAUGAUGAGCGGCUCCAAUGUCAAAAUUAGGAAAUAUCCCCCUCAGCUCAGGUUUCUUCUAGUCGCCCAUAUGCUCUGUAAGUCAGCCCUUCGCCAACAACUCGAAUGUGGAUACUGGGAUGGAUUUCACCACCCACGACCUUCGUAUUCGGACCUUGACCACAUUCCUACAUCGUCUGAACUUUUCUGCGGCUCCUCGCUAUGCGUUCCCGGGAUUUACUAGCAACGACAGGGUCACUCGGAAGAUGUUUGACCGCAUCGCCACUUUACUAAGGUUCAGCACAAAAUACGAGACAAUCGCUGUUACUGGAGGUAUCACUCCGAGCGGGCUUCACAUAGUCGUUGUUACUGAGAGUUCAGGACCAACGUUGAAGGUUGAGAAAGUAGAGCGAAGAGAGACAAGAGGCCCUAGUCUCGCUGAGCUGGCAAGCACACCCUUCAAUCCACAUAAAGACUCUACAAGCCUUUCAGAUCAUGCCUCCUAUGUGCUGGCCGCCUUGGCUGCCUAUGACCAGUCCCCCGAAAGGGACUGGGAAUUACUCAAAUUCAUCGUGAGGCGUUGCAGCCUGAAACUUCAUCAGCGUUUGCACACUGACACGAAGGUAUGGACCCAAUCAGUAGCCGAUACCUUGGUGAAUUGGAGUCCGAAUGCUCGAGAGUCAGUCAAGUCAACAUGGAUUUCAGUGGGUGACAUGUAUUGGGUCAUCGAUCGCGAACCAUCUAUACCACGGAGAACUGGCAUUGACGGACAGGUGGAAGCGCAGUUCAGUGACGAAUCUUUGAAGGGUUGGGCGUGUGUCCUGGCCAAUAUUUUGGCUUCGCUCAAACAGCACCUUUGCAAUGCACUUGAACUCGCCAAAGUUGGACCGAGUACGGGGGAGUGUGUGACGGCGUUCAACCGAGCUGCUGCGUACUAUGUCAUAUUACGUGGGCUUUUAAACAAGGACGUACUCGUUAAGACCUUGUUGACAAAGACCUCUCUUCGCACCAAGUUUAAUCGCAGAGCUAGAGAAGGGAGGAUAGACGAUGACGGACUUGACGAAGAUGAGCUUGAGUUAACUCCUGCGAGCGGAGAAACUAGUGAGGGCCAUGUAGUGUACCGUCACAUUGAAGCGGUCGCUGCGUGGGCAGAAGCUGGUGUUCUUUUGGGGAGAUCGAACAUACUGUCGAACAUGGCCGCCGUGGAAGUUUUGAUCAUUCACAUUCCGCGGCCUAACAAAAGACUACUUCACCCAGAUGAAUUUAUCGCCUAUCUAAGAAAAUCAUCGUGGUUAGCACCUUACGAAGACGUAUUGAAGGGAGUGGUCAACAACCACUUCCCGCCAGACAAACGUGCUUUUGAGGGUGCUAUCCAUGCUGAGGCUAUCUUGAUGGGUGUUCUAUCUGAAUAUGCCUCGGAUCCGUCUAGUAAUGAAGAUCAACGGGUGGACGUUCAAGUGAAGUUUCUCCAGGAGAACAUAACCCUACUCUCCACCAGAACCAUCGGCAUUGGGAGGAAAUGCUGUUGGUGUUGUAACUGGUUAGGUCAACAUCUGGAUGCAGCUAAUCCCUUUGAUAUCCAAGGGACGCAUGGCAAAGUUCUCGAAUGGAGCCCGCCAAGGCUUGGUAUCCCGAUUGAGAAACUGAUCGAGCUCGAGAAUGCUCUGGUUCGGGAAGUCCGCAAAUCACUCGAUGGUUUGGGCUUGAAUCCCUACCUACGCCAGUCAUGCGCCAGGGGAGUCUUGAAUGAGAAGGGGACAUCAAGUAUCCACGAAGUUUAUAUACCGCGUGCGCGAUUACACUCUCACUAAUAUUAAUUGUAAUGCGGGAUAAUUAUCGAUCCGUAGAUGCUUUGACUGCAUGGCGUAACUUAUCGAUAUUUUGUUACAGCCGAUUCUAGGAUAUAUACCAAUUUUUCUAUGGUACAUGAUGCAUGGAGGAAGUGUCCAUUGAGUCGGAACCAAACAAUACCUUAACGAUUUAACUUUCAGCU